CCACAUCGAGAUUAUCUGUGUGUCUGCAGCAUCUGGAACAUACAGUACACCUGUCACUCAAUCAGUCAGUCAAUUGGUGUGUUUGUUUGUUGACCGCACUGUUGAACCUGAAAAAAAAGGUGGAGGCGAAAAAUACAAAUGCAGUGACACCAGCAACAGGUAGAGUCGCUUUUACAUUCCUUAGCUAGGAAUACAACAACACGUUUGUUCACAGAGGAAGUGCGGAAGUAGCAGACUGCCUGUUCAAGAGCACUCAUGUCAUUUUAUAGUUUAGCAUAUCGGUGAGCUCACAGAAGUCCUCCGGGAUCAUUGAAUGGGGACUGGAGAUUUUAUUUGAAGUCGCAUCUGCAUUCAGCGCCUACUCAUCAUGCGCGGCCACAGGAGGCAGCCCAGUAUUGAACUACUGGAAUUAAUGGGUGUGGUGAAAGAGAAUGGCAAUGACCAGAAAUCAAUCCCUCCUGUGCACACGCCUUUAUCAUACGACUAUAUCUUGGUGGCCAAAACAAAUGAUCCCCAGGACAGGAAGCAAAUUGAAUACAUUGAGGCCCUGAAAAAUAAGAAUUUAAAAGUUACCAAAAUUAUAGAUGAUGAUCUUGUCUUCUAUGGGAUCCAAGCGCCUAAAGAAAUUUUCGAGAGGUACAGAUAUCUGCUCAAAGUGUCAGAUGCUUGUAACUGGAGCUCGGAUCAGAACAUUGUACCACUCAGCACCAGGAUAAGGAUUGUCCACUUCAUCUUGAAUCACACCCCUAUACGUUCAGGAGAGAGUUUGCGGGAUCUUAUGAAGAUGAAGGUUUUUGAAGCAAAGUUCUGCUUGCAUGAGAAAAAGAAGCAGAGAGAACUGAAGGAGAGCUGGGCUCGAUGGACAGCCUGUCUCCAAGGGCAACCCAUCACUGCCGUCAGGAACUACUUUGGGGAGAAGGUGGCCUUGUACUACCUGUGGCUGGGCUGGUACACAUAUCUGCUGAUCCCGCCUGCUCUUAUCGGGGUCAUUGUCUUCCUUUAUGGCCUCGCCUUCUUUAACAGCUCACCCCUCAUAAAAGAGGUUUGUGAGGCUGACACAGUCAUGUGUCCCCUUUGUGACAAGAGGUGCAAAGUGUGGCAGCUCUCCGAAACCUGCACAUACGCCAAGGUGAGCCUGCUGUUUGAUAAUAAUGGCACAGUGCUCUUUGCAAUGUUCAUGGCAGUGUGGGCAACACUGUUUUUGGAGUUCUGGAAGAGACAUCGAGCUUCCUUUGUUUGUGAAUGGAAAGUGUCGGAUUGGUGUGAGGAGGAGGAGGAACUGAUUCUGGAAAUUGUGAACGAUGCCAACUGUGAACCAAAGGAAUAUAAGCAUUCCUAUCUGCGCAGCACUCUGGUUCUGAUCUGUGUCACAGUAAUGAUAUUGGUCAUCAUUGGCCUGACACAUGCCUUGGUGGUGUUCAGGGUGAUCGCAGCGGUGCUCCUGGCUGAGGGAAAAUGGGAGUUCCUGAGCAACCACUCCAACAGUGGAGCAAUGAUGCUGGGGGCCGUCCUUCAUUACCUCAUCAUCACUGUCAUGACACGGAUCAACAGGAUCGUUGCCAUGAAGCUCUGUGAAAUAGAGGAAACAAGAUCAUUUGCUGCCACAGAGAAGAGUUUCACCGUCAAGAUGUUCACCUUCCAGUUCUUCACCUAUUUCUCUUCCCUGUUCUACGUGGCUUUUUUUCUCGGCAGGAUAAAUGGCCAUCCUGGUGGUUAUGUGCGAAUUUCAGGAAAAUGGAGGCUUGAGGAGUGUCAUCCAAGUGGAUGUCUAACAGAUCUGUUCAUCCAAAUGGCUAUCAUAAUGGUACUCAAACAAACCAUAAGCAAUGUCUUUGAGUUUACUGGCCCCUGGUUCUGCAGGUGGUUUAAGAAGCAGAGAACCAAGAAGCUGCAGAGGAAAUGUGCCCACUGCUAUCUGAAGGAUGAUUCAGAGGCCAACCAUGGAGCAGAGCUGUGUGAGAACUGCAAGCUUCGAGACUGGCUCAGCAAUUACCGCCUAAACGAUGUGGACUCCUUCAGCCUGUUCAAUGAGUUCCUGGAGAUGGUGAUCCAGUUCAGCUUUACCACAAUUUUUGUGGCGGCGUUUCCUCUUGCUCCUCUCCUAGCCCUCAUUAAUAACAUAAUUGAGAUCCGCCUGGACGCCAUUAAAAUGGUCACUCUGGAGCGCAGGCUGGUUCCCAAGAAAACCAAUGAUAUUGGUGUGUGGAUCGACGUGUUGGAGGCUAUUGGUGUCUUAGCGGUCAUAGCUAACGGGCUUGUCAUCGGCGUGUCUUCAGACUUCAUCCCUCGAUUGGUUUACCGUUACCGCUAUGGCCCAUGUGCCAACGGCACAGAAACAGAUAUUGACUGCAUGGUUGGAUACAUCAACAACACUCUCUCCAUUGCACAAAUAGAUGACUACAACUUACGCAACGAGUUUUUGGCCAGUCAGAUGAUCACUCCUAGUGGCCUGAAUGUAACGUCUUGCAGGUAUAAAGACUACAGGAGCAUUGAGGACUACAGUCUUACCCCACAGUUUUGGCUAAUUUUAGCUGUGCGUUUUGCUUUUGUCAUCCUGUUCGAGCACGUUGUCGUCAUAUGUAAGUUCAUUGCAGCGUGGUUUGUGCCAAGUGCUCCCAUGCAGGUGAAGAAUGAUCGGCUCUAUGAUAAACUCAACAGACUGAAAGAGGAACUCAGACAUUCCAACUUGUGGGAAACAAUGCAUUACAGAAAUUUCAUCUGACCCUUGAACAAUGUUCCUGCUGCAUUAGCACUUCUAACAGUGUUACGUCUUAAGAGUUUCUGAACUAAAAAUACAUUGAUUGCAGUGCGAUAGAUAUACAUACAGCCAGCAUUACUCUUCAUUAAUGCGUCAUAAGAGGUUUACAUUGACAAAAUAUUUCACUCAAAUGUAGUGGUAUUUUAAUAUAACUGAAUCCCAAAUGCCUAAAUUAUUGCUUUAGUUAUUUGUUCUGAUUAUGUUUUAAUUGUAUAUUAGUAUGCAUUAUAAUAUACUGUUUUAAGCAGUGCUUUACAGUGUUGUGACCACAUUUAUUUUUCUGCUGCAACUCACCAACCCUUGCUUUUAUUUCUCACAGUUCAUUUGAAGCUCAACUGCGUUCAGACCACUCUUAAAGGUUAAACAUUUUCUCUGAGGACAUGAGCACAGUGUUGCCUGCCAUUAAAGCGUCCAGACUGUCACAGAGUUGAGUCAACGCCAAAGGCAUUAAUCUUCUCUCUGAAGAGUUCAGACGGAGACCUCGCACUCUCUUUUAAUUUUUUGCAGCCAAAUUUUGAGUGGUGCCUAACUGGAUCCUCAUCUCUGAAAUGGAUUUUGAAGACAGACUCAUUUUUCUUGGAUGAAACCAGUGGAGAGUGUAUAUACAGUGACUAUGAGAGUGACCAAUUUUACUGAUGAUUAGAUUGUUCUUAUUCAAUUGUAAGAAUGCACUGAUAGCUUACCGUUGGAUCCCUAUAUUUGUGAUAUGCAUGUGAGUGUUUUUAGUAAAGCCUAACGAUAAUUUAUACUGCUACUGCACAUACAGUACCGAUUGUGUGUAACAUUGUUGCCUUAUACUGUAAAAAAGCGAUGUGAUGAUUGUCAUUACUGCAGACAGACACUGGUGGUGUCUUUUGUGAAGCAGACACAAGAAUGUUUUUGCAUUAUAAUAUUUUAUAUUAUUGAAUAAAAGAGGAACCCUUUUGCCUCA